GUCGGCUUUUCAUCAAAAAAGCUGGAAAAGUGUAACGUAAACAUAAAUGAUCAUUGAUCAUUGAUCUACGGUUCCAACUCAGUGUUUUACGAGUAAUAUUUUAAUUAAUCUCCGUUUUAAUAGUUUUAAUGUGCUUGUGGGAGUACAGAUAUCUUGAAAAAAAAAGAACGACGGUACCGGAUAGAUAACUCAAGCCGAUCAAGUAGUCCUGAUGUUCUGAAAAUGGAUGUAAAAAUAUCUCUUGAAUUGAACCUUUUUAUCAAUUUAUGAUUUUUGGGAUUUAUUUUAUGAUCUAAUUGAUGAGAUAUGUUUUCGGCGACGUGAAAAAUUACAUGGUUAUGAUCUAUUGGGUUCUGUUCAGAGUAUCAAUUUCAGCGACUGAUAAGUUUCCAAAGCAGAAACGAUGAUACCUCUGGUUCAAAGAGACACGAACACCAACAACUCGUACGGCAUAAAGGCCCGCAUCGAAGAUAAAGUUAAAGGCUGGAUCAAGUUAAUCUUCUCCGAUCGGAAUUCCCGUAAUUUAUUUCUCUUUCUGAUACUGAACUUAUCAUUCGCAUUUGUCGAACUUCUGUAUGGUGUAUGGACCAACAGUUUAGGCUUGAUAUCAGACUCCUUCCAUAUGUUCUUCGAUUGUACCGGAUUACUCGCUGGAUUAGUAGCAUCUGUUAUAUCAAAAUGGAAACCCGACGAUAAAUUUUCUUACGGUUACGUCCGAGCUGAAAUAUUAGCUGGGUUCGUGAACGGUCUGUUUUUAUUAUUCAUCGCAUUUUUCAUAUGCUCCGAAGCUGUGGAAAGGUUCAUCGAACCACCGGAAGUGAAACACGAACGUCUAUUUGUUGUUUCUGUGUUAGGAUUGUUAGUUAAUUUAGUCGGUAUUUACGCAUUCCAACAUGGGCACCCGGGAGGCCACUGCUCGCACGGCGGCCACUCGCAUGGUGGUCAUUCUCACUCUCAUUCGCAUGGAAAUCAUAGCCACAGCCAUAGUAAUAACGUCGGCGGGCACAGUCAUCAUCAUCAUCACCGAGAGAAUGAAAUUUCUUCCGCUGGAAAUUCUCAUCUUAUGAAGGGAGUCUUUCUGCAUAUUUUGGCAGACACUCUGGGUAGUGUAGGCGUAAUCAUAUCGGCUAUAUUAAUGUACGCUUUCGGUUGGAUGCGAGCUGAUCCGAUUUGCUCGAUGUUUAUAUCAAUACUGAUUGCUAUCAGUGUCCUCAGCCUGAUCUCCGAUUCAUUACUUAUCUUGAUGCAAAGGCAGCCUAAAGAACUGGACGAAGUAUUACCACGUUGUUACCAAAAGGUUAUGCAAUUGACGGGGGUGUACAGUAUACAAGAACCUCAUUUUUGGACUUUGAGUAGCGGCGUUUUCGUUGGCGCUUUGAAACUGGAAGUUUCCAAAGCUGCAGAUUUGAAAUACGUGGUCAGCCACACGCAUAUGAUAUUCAACUCCGUCGGAGUUAAAAAUUUGUACGUUCAGUUGGACUACACUAAUAUGUAAUUAUUGUUCAUUGAUUUUAUUAAAUGCGUAAAAAAUUUCAAAAUACAUUUAUACGCUCCAUGUUUUACGAAUUGUUAACAAAAUGUUGUGAUAAGGAGUUUUUUUUUUCGUCUUGAAAAUGUUGAUAGUUGAAUACCGAUUUCUAUGUGCUUAUAUUUCUUUUUUUUGUACGUAAAUAAAAUAUACAUAAAUUGUUAUUAA